CUCCCAGGGCUGGCGGGUAAGUGGGCUGCUCCCGGGCUGGGCCGCGGCCCUCCUUAGUCCCCGUCCCCAUGGCGGGCGCCGACGUGCGGAAGCAGUUCAUCUUCACCACCACCCACAACUACUUCGGGCUGCUGUCCGAGCCCCGGGAGUCCCCGCGGCAUCACGGCCACCCCGAGGUCAACAACUUCCUGGACGACGGCAACCAGAUGCUCCUCCGAGUGCUGCGCGACGAGCAUGGACUCUCCUUCUCUAACACGAUCGAUUUUGGUGACACAAAAGAUAAAGUGCUGGUGUUUUUCAAGCUGCGACCCGAAGUUAUUACUGAUCAGAAUCUACAUACCAACAUUCUUGUGUCAUCCAUGUUAGAAUCACCUAUAAAUUCUCUUUACCAAGCAGUGCGGCAAGUAUUUGCACCAAUGUUAUUAAAGGAUCAGGACUGGAGCAGAAACUUUGAUCCCAAACUUCAGAGUCUUUUGAGUGAACUUGAAGCUGGGUUGGGUAUAGUUCUGCGAAGAUCAGACACUAACUUAUCAAAACUGAAAUUUAAGGAAGAUGACACACGAGGUAUUCUCACGCCAAAUGAUGAAUUCCAGUUUUGGAUAGAACAAGCUCAUCGUGGAAAUACACAGAUCAGUAAAGAAAGAGCCAGUUAUUUUAAAGAAUUAUUUGAAACUAUUGCAAGAGAGUUUUACAACUUGGACGGUCUGUGCUUGUUGGAAGUAGUCGACCUGGUGGAGACGACUCGGGAUGUCAUGGAUGAUGUGUGGAGGCAAACAGAGCACGACCAUUAUCCUGAGCCACGGAUGUUGCAUCUUUUAGACAUCAUAGGUGGUUCAUUUGGAAGAUUUGUUCAGAAAAAGCUGGGAACCUUGAACCUUUGGGAAGAUCCUUAUUAUCUCGUGAAAGAAAAUCUAAAGGCUGGUAUUUCCAUUUGUGAGCAAUGGGUGAUCGCCUGCAGUCACCUAACGGGCCAGGUGUGGCCACGCUUUGUUCCUCAUCCAUGGAAAAAUGAAAAAUAUUUCCCUGAAACACUUGAAAAACUUGGUAAACGUCUUGAAGAGGUCUUGGCUGUUAGAACAAUUCAUGAGAAGCUUCUCUAUUUUAUACCAGCCAGUGAAGAGAAAAUUAUAUGUCUGACUCGAGUGUUUGAGCCUUUUACUGGCCUGAAUCCUGUGCAGUACAACCCAUAUACUGAGCCUUUGUGGAAAGCUGCAGUUUCUCAAUAUGAAAAGAUCAUUGCACCUGCAGAACAAAAAAUAGCAGGAAAAUUGAAAAUUUAUAUUUCAGAAAUUCAAGAUAGUCCACAGCAGCUUCUUCAAGCAUUUCUGAAAUAUAAGGAGCUGGUGAAGCGACCAACUAUGAGCAAAGAAUUGAUGUUAGAAAGAGAAACUUUACUGGCAAGACUUGUGGACUCAGUUAGAGAUUUUCGGUCAGAUUUUGAGACUCGGUGCCGUGGAACUCCUGGGGAUGCAUCUGGCCCUCUUUCUGGCAGAAACCUUUCAGAAGUUGUCAAUAACAUAGUUUGGGUUCGCCAGUUGGAGCUAAAGGUGGAUGAUGCUAUCAAGAUUGCAGAAGCUCUCUUAUGUGAUUUAUCAGGAUUUCGAUCUUUUCAUCGAAGUGCAGAAGAUCUCUUAGAUCAGUUUAGACUAUAUGAACAAGAGCAGUUCGAUGACUGGUCCAGGGAUAUCCAGUCUGGUUUGUCUGAUUCCAGAUCUGGUUUGUGUAUUGAGGCUAAUAGUCAAAUUAUGGAAUUGGAUCCUCAUGAUGGCUCACUAAGAGUUCAUUAUUCUGAUCGAUUGGUGAUUCUUCUUAGAGAAGUUCGUCAGCUCUCUGCCCUUGGCUUUGUUAUUCCUGCCAAAAUACAGCAAGUUGCAAACAUUGCACAGAAAUUCUGCAAGCAAGCAAUUAUUCUAAAACAAGUGGCACAUUUUUACAAUUCUAUUGAUCAGCAAAUGAUUCAAAGCCAGAGACCAAUGAUGUUACAAUCAGCCUUAGCAUUUGAACAGAUAAUUAAGAAUUCAAAAUCAGGAAGUGGGGAAAAGUCACAGAUUACAUGGGACAAUCCUAAGGAAUUAGAAGGCUACAUCCAGAAACUUCAGAAUGCUGCUGAGCGACUUGCCACGGAAAAUAGGAAACUGAGAAAAUGGCAUAUGACAUUUUGUGAAAAGGUGGUGGUUCUUAUGAAUAUUGAUUUGCUUCGGCAGCAGCAGCGUUGGAAAGAUGGAUUGCAAGAACUGAGAACUGGGUUAGCAAGUGUAGAAGCACAGGGAUUCCAAGCCAGUGAUAUGCAUGCAUGGAAACAGCACUGGAACCAUCAGCUGUACAAAGCUCUGGAACAUCAGUAUCAGAUGGGCCUGGAAGCCCUCAAUGAGAAUCUGCCCGAGAUAAACAUAGACUUGACGUACAAGCAAGGACGAUUACAAUUCAGGCCUCCUUUUGAAGAGAUCCGUGCUAAAUAUUAUAGAGAAAUGAAGAGAUUCAUUGGUAUUCCUAACCAGUUUAAGGGAGUGGGUGACGCAGGAGAUGAAUCGAUUUUUUCUAUUAUGAUUGAUAGAAAUGCAAGUGGAUUUCUGACUAUUUUCAGCAAAGCAGAAGAUCUGUUUAGGAGAUUAUCAGCUGUUUUACACCAGCAUAAGGAAUGGGUUGUAAUCGGACAAGUCGAUAUGGAAGCUCUAGUGGAAAAGAAUCUCUCUUCUGUGCAUGAUUGGGAGAAAAAUUUCAAAGCACUGAAAAUUAAAGGAAAAGAAGCGGAACGACUUCCAAGUACUGUAAAGGUAGAUUGUUUAAAUAUUAAUUGCAGUCCUGUAAAGACUGUGAUUGAUGAUCUCAUCCAGAAAUUGUUUGAUAUGCUUAUUCUUUCUUUGAAGAAGUCUAUCCAAGCUCAUUUACACGAAAUUGAUACAUUUGUUACUGAAGCUAUGGAAGUCUUAACAGUUAUGCCCCAGUCUGUGGAAGAGAUAGGCGAUGCAAAUUUACAAUAUAGUAAGCUCCAGGAACGGAAACCAGAGAUUUUGCCCCUAUUUCAAGAAGCUGAAGAUAAAAACAGACUUUUACGAACUGUGGCGGGUGGAGGUUUAGAAACAAUUAGUAAUCUGAAAGCUAAGUGGGAUAAAUUUGAAUUGAUGAUGGAAAGUCACCAGCUAAUGAUUAAAGAUCAGAUUGAAGUAAUGAAAGGAAACGUGAAAUCACGUCUUCAGAUGUAUUUUCAAGAAUUGGAAAAAUUUAAAGCUCGUUGGGACCAACUAAAGCCUGGCGAUGAUAUUAUUGAAACUGGCCAACAAGAUACUCUUGAUAAAAGUGCAAAGCUUAUAAAAGAGAAAAAAAUUGAAUUUGAUGAUCUUGAAGUCAUUAGGAAAAAGCUGGUUGAUGAUUGCCAUCAUUUUGGAUUAGAGGAGCCAAACUUCUCUUUGGCAUACAGCAUCUCCAAAGACAUUGAGAGCCGAGCGCAGGUGUGGGCCCUUUAUGAAGAAUUCCAGCAGGGAUUGCAGGAAAUUGCCAAUGAAGACUGGAUUACUUUCCGAACCAAGACAUAUUUGUUUGAGGAAUUUCUAAUGAAUUGGCAUGAUAGCUUAAGGAAGGUUGAAGAACAUUCUGUAAUGACAGUAAAAUUACAAUCAGAAGUUGACAAAUAUAAAGUUGUAAUUCCUGUCUUGAAAUAUGUGAAAGGGGAACAUCUGUCUCCAGAUCACUGGCUCGACCUUUUUCGCAUCCUUGGCCUUCCUAGAGGGACUAGUUUAGAGAAGUUACUGUUUGUGGAUCUGCUCAGAGUAUCUGAUACGAUUGUCGCCAGAGCUUCAGACCUGAAAGAUUUAAACAGUCGAGCACAAGGUGAAGUGACAAUCAGAGAAGCUUUGCGUGAGCUCGAUCUGUGGGGAGUCGGUGCCGUCUUCACACUAGUUGGUCACGAAGACAGCCAAGGACGAUCCCUGAAGCUGAUCAAAGACUGGAAGGAUGUGGUCAGUCAGGUCGGAGACCACAGGUGCCUCCUUCAGGCCCUCAAGGACUCGCCCUAUUAUAAAGGAUUCGAAGACAAAGUGUCAAUUUGGGAAAGAAAACUGGCAGAGUUGGAUGAAUACCUACAGAAUUUAAACCAUAUUCAGAGAAAAUGGGUAUAUUUGGAACCCAUUUUUGGCCGUGGAGCAUUGCCAAAAGAACAGACUCGCUUCAACAAAGUUGAUGAAGAUUUUAGAUCGAUAAUGGCUGACAUUAAAAAAGACAGUCGAGUUACAACGUUAACUACUCAGCCAGGAAUCAGAAAUUCUCUACUCACCAUCCUUGAUCAGCUUCAAAGAUGUCAGAAAUCGUUAAAUGAAUUUUUGGAGGAAAAGCGCUCAGCAUUCCCAAGAUUUUAUUUCAUUGGUGAUGAUGACCUGCUAGAAAUUCUGGGCCAGUCCACCAACCCAUCAGUGAUUCAGUCUCACCUUAAGAAACUGUUUGCUGGUAUUAACAGUGUGUGCUUUGAUGAGGAAUCAAAACAUAUCACUGCUAUGAAAUCUUUAGAGGGAGAGGUCGUACCUUUAAAAAAAAAAGUUCUUCUAUCAAAUAAUGUAGAGACUUGGUUAAAUGAUUUAGCCUUGGAAAUGAAGGAAACUUUGAAACAAUUGUUGACAGAAUGUGUUACAAGUGGGCGAAGUUCUCAAGGUGCCAUCGACCCAUCUUUGUUCCCUUCCCAGAUAUUGUGCUUGGCGGAACAGAUUAAGUUCACUGAAGAUGUAGAAAAUGCCAUCAAAGAUCAUAGCCUUCAUCGGAUCGAAACACAACUAGUGAAUAAGUUAGAGCACUACACUAACAUUGACACAAGCUCUGAGGAUCCCGGCAACACUGAAUCUGGAAUUCUGGAGCUUAAACUUAAAGCACUAAUUCUUGAUAUUAUUCACAAUAUUGAUGUGGUAAAACAGUUAAACCAGGUUCAAGUUCAUACAACUGAAGACUGGGCUUGGAAAAAACAAGUUAGAUUCUAUAUGAAAAGUGACCAUACAUGUUAUGUUCAAAUGGUGGAUUCUGAACUUCAUUAUACUUAUGAAUAUCAGGGCAAUGCUCCCAAGCUGGUUUAUACUCCAUUGACAGACAAGUGCUACCUAACGCUCACUCAGGCCAUGAAGAUGGGCCUUGGCGGGAACCCUUAUGGGCCGGCUGGAACUGGGAAGACGGAGUCAGUCAAGGCUUUGGGCGGACUCCUUGGAAGACAAGUUUUAGUGUUUAAUUGUGAUGAGGGCAUUGAUGUGAAGUCAAUGGGACGGAUAUUUGUUGGUCUGGUGAAAUGCGGGGCCUGGGGUUGUUUUGAUGAAUUCAAUAGACUGGAAGAAUCUGUCCUGUCAGCAGUUUCUAUGCAAAUCCAGACAAUUCAAGAUGCUCUGAAGAAUCAUAGAACUGUGUGUGAACUUCUUGGCCAAGAGGUACAAAUAAAUUCUAAUUCUGGAAUUUUUAUCACCAUGAAUCCUGCUGGAAAAGGUUAUGGAGGAAGACAAAAACUACCUGAUAAUCUUAAACAACUUUUCAGGCCAGUAGCUAUGUCUCGUCCAGAUAAUGAGCUUAUUGCAGAAGUAAUUCUCUAUUCAGAAGGUUUUAAGGAGGCUAAAGUCUUAGGCAGAAAAUUGGUAGCUAUCUUCAACCUAUCUAGAGAACUUCUGACACCACAGCAACAUUAUGAUUGGGGUUUGAGAGCUCUGAAGACUGUUUUGAGAGGGAGUGGAAAUCUUCUUAGACAGCUGAAGAAAUCUGACUUUAAAGAGGAAGUUAAUGAGAGUCACAUUGUGGUACAAGCAUUGAGGCUAAAUACAAUGUCGAAGUUCACAUUUGCCGAUUGCGCUCGGUUUGAUGCCCUGAUUCAUGAUGUGUUUCCUGGAAUCAACUUUAAAGAAGUAGAAUAUGAGGAACUGAGCACUGCAUUAAAGCAAGUCUUUGAGGAGGCCAAUUAUGAAAUCAUCCCCAAUCAGAUUAAGAAGGCUUUAGAGUUGUAUGAACAGUUAUGCCAGAGGAUGGGCGUCGUUAUUGUUGGUCCAAGUGGUGCUGGAAAAUCAACUUUGUGGAGAAUGUUAAGGGCAGCCCUUUGUAAAACUGGCAAAGUGGUAAAACAAUACACUAUGAAUCCCAAAGCUAUGCCCAGACAUCAGUUACUAGGUCAUAUUGACAUGGAUACCAGGGAAUGGUCUGAUGGCGUCUUGACAAACAGUGCUCGGCAAGUCGUUCGAGAACCUCAAGAUGUCAGCUCCUGGAUAAUCUGUGAUGGUGAUAUCGACCCUGAGUGGAUCGAGUCUCUGAACUCUGUUCUGGAUGAUAAUCGGCUCCUCACUAUGCCCAGUGGAGAGAGGAUUCAGUUUGGUCCAAAUGUGAACUUUGUAUUUGAAACUCAUGAUUUAAGCUGUGCCUCACCAGCCACGAUAUCUAGAAUGGGAAUGAUCUUUCUUAGUGAUGAAGAGACAGAUGUGAACUCUCUGAUAAAAUCUUGGCUGAGGAAUCAGCCUUCUAAAUAUAGGCAUAAUCUUGAAAACUGGAUUGGAGAUUACUUUGAAAAGGCAUUGCAGUGGGUCCUAAAGCAGAAUGACUAUGUGGUAGAAACAAGUUUGGUUGGUACAGUGAUGAAUGGUUUGUCACAUCUACAUGGCUGCAAAGAUCAUGACCAGUUUAUUAUUAAUCUCAUAAGGGGACUUGGUGGAAAUUUGAACAUGAAAUCACGUCUGGAAUUCACCAAAGAGGUUUUUAAUUGGGCGAGAGAAUCUCCUCCGGACUCUCACAGACCACUGGACACCUACUACGAUGCCAGUCAAGGACGGUUGGCAUCUUAUACGCUGAAGAAGCCGGAAAACCUGACUGCAGAUGAUUUCAGUAACAGCCAAACUCUUCCAGUUAUCCAGACUCCUGACAUGCAGCGAGGUCUAGACUAUGUCAAGCCUUGGUUAAAAGCCGAUACGAAACAGCCCUUUAUUCUUGUCGGCCCAGAAGGAUGUGGCAAAGGGAUGCUGCUCAGGUUUGCCUUCUCCCAGCUGCGCUCCACACAAAUCGCCACCAUCCACUGCAGCGCCCAGACCACGUCUCGGCAUCUCCUGCAGAAGCUGAGCCAGACCUGCAUGGUGAUCAGCACCAACACUGGCCGCGUGUACAGGCCCAGAGACUGUGAGAGACUAGUUUUGUACUUAAAGGACAUUAACCUGCCUAAACUGGAUAAGUGGGGGACCAGUACAUUGGUCGCAUUCCUGCAACAGGUAUUGACAUAUCAAGGAUUUUAUGAUGAAAAUUUGGAAUGGGUUGGUUUAGAAAAUAUUCAAAUCGUGGCUUCGAUGUCAGCUGGGGGAAGACUGGGAAGACAUAAGCUCACCACGAGAUUUACUUCUAUUGUUCGUCUUUGUGCUGUAGAUUAUCCAGAAAGAGAACAAUUACAGACAAUCUAUGGAGCAUAUUUGGAGCCAGUUUUACAUAAAAAUUUGAAGAAUCAUCCUAUCUGGGGUUCUACAUCAAAAAUAUAUCUCUUGGCAGGAUCUAUGGUACAGGUGUAUGAACAGGUGCGGACCAAAUUUACAGUUGAUGACUACAGCCAUUAUUUCUUUACUCCUUGCAUUCUUACCCAGUGGGUUCUUGGCUUAUUCAGAUAUGAUUUAGAAGGAGGAUCUGCAAAUCAUCCACUAGAUUAUGUGCUAGAGAUUGUAGCCUAUGAAGCAAGGCGCUUAUUUCGUGAUAAAAUUGUUGGUGCAAAGGAACUUCAUUUAUUCGACAGCAUUUUGACAUCGGUGUUUCAGGGAGACUGGGGCUCAACCAUCCUGGACAAUAUGGCAGACAGUUUUUAUGUCACCUGGGGAGCCCGACACAAUGCAGCAGGAAGGGCACUCCCAGGACAGCCAUUGCCUCCCCAUGGAAAACCACUUGGCAAACUCAGCUCUGCAGACCUCAAGGAUGUUAUUACAAAGGGUCUAAUUCACUACGGCCGAGACAACCAGACUCUGGAUAUCCUGCUCUUCCAAGAGGUCCUGGAGUAUGCGUCCCGGAUCGACCGAGUGCUGAGCUGCCCCGGGGGCUCCCUCCUCCUGGCCGGGCGCAGCGGUGUGGGCCGCCGGACGCUGACCUCCUUGGUCAGCCACAUGCACGGAGCAGUUCUCUUUUCUCCCAAGGUGUCCAGAGGCUAUGAACUGAAGCAGUUCAAAAACGAUCUUAAAAGUGUGCUGAAUCUUGCUGGCAUUGAAGCCCAGCAGGUGGUCCUUCUGCUGGAGGAUUACCAAUUUGUCCAUCCUGCAUUUUUAGAAAUGAUCAAUAGCCUUUUGUCUUCAGGCGAAGUCCCUGGGCUGUACACGCUGGAGGAGCUGGAGCCCCUGCUGCUGCCCCUCAAGGACCAGGCCUCCCAGGAUGGCUUCUUCGGGCCUGUCUUCAGUUACUUCACAUACCGAAUUCAACAAAACUUGCAUAUUGUCUUGAUAAUGGACUCUGCAAACUUAAACUUUAUAAUAAACUGUGAGAGUAAUCCAGCUUUAAAUAAGAAAUGCCAGGUGUUGUGGAUGGAGGGCUGGUCAGAUAGCAGUAUGAAGAAGAUACCUGAAAUGUUACUUACUGAAGCAAGUAAUGAAGAAAAAUAUAACAACAGAAAAAGGAAAGAAGACAAGAAAAAAAAUUCAGUGGAUCCUGAUUUUCUAAAAUCAUUUUUAUUAAUCCACGAGUCUUGUAAAGCAUAUGGUGCCACACCAAGUCGAUAUAUGACCUUUUUACAUGUGUAUUCUGCCAUUAGUAGCAGCAAGAAGAAGGAAUUAUUAAAAAGACAAAGUCAUUUGCAGGCUGGUGUAUCUAAGCUAAAUGAAGCCAAAGCUCUAGUGGAUGAACUGAACAGGAAAGCUGGAGAACAAAGUGUAUUGCUUAAAACUAAGCAGGAUGAAGCAGAUGCUGCCCUCCAAGAGAUCACUGUAUCCAUGCAGGAUGCAAGUGAGCAAAAGACAGAACUGGAAAGAUUAAAGCACAAAAUAGCAGAAGAAGUUGUUAAAAUUGAAGAAAGGAAAAGCAAAAUUGAUGAUGAAUUAAGAGAAGUACAUCCUCUAGUCAAUGAAGCUAAACUAGCAGUUGGAAACAUUAAGCCAGAAUCACUUUCAGAAAUUCGCUCACUGCGUAUGCCCCCUGAUGUCAUCAGAGACAUUCUCGAAGGAGUUUUAAGGUUGAUGGGCAUCUUUGAUACUUCGUGGGUGAGCAUGAAGAGUUUCCUUGCAAAAAGAGGUGUGAGAGAAGACAUAGCAACCUUUGAUGCACGAAAUAUUCCAAAAGAAAUAAGAGAAAGUGUUGAAGAACUUCUUUAUAAAAAUAAGGGAUCUUUUGAUCCAAAGAAUGCCAAGCGUGCCAGCACCGCGGCCGCACCCCUCGCGGCCUGGGUCAAAGCUAACGUGCAGUACUCUCAUGUCCUGGAACGGAUUCAGCCUCUGGAAACAGAGCAAGCAGGAUUAGAGUUGAAUUUGAAGAAAACUGAAGACAGAAAAAGGAAAUUGGAGGAACUUCUUAAUUCUGUUGGUCAAAAAGUGUCAGAACUCAAAGAGAAAUUUCAGAGUAGGACUUCAGAGGCAGCCAAACUCGAAGCUGAAGUCAGCAAAGCACAGGAGACAAUCAAGGCUGCGGAAAUCUUGAUUAACCAGCUUGACAGAGAACACAAGCGUUGGAAUGCCCAGGUUGCAGAGAUAACAGAGGAAUUAGCUACUCUUCCGAAGAGAGCUCAGUUAGCUGCUGCCUUUAUUACUUACCUGUCUGCCGCUCCUGAGGGGCUGAGGAAAUCCUGUUUGGAAGAAUGGACAAAGUCAGCUGGGAUCGAAAAGUUUGACCUAAGGAGAUUUCUGUGUACUGAAAGUGAGCAGUUAAUUUGGAAAAGUGAAGGGUUACCAUCAGAUGACCUUUCCAUAGAAAAUGCUAUUGUUAUCUUACAGAUCAUUGGUUUGAAAUCAUGGAGUCGGGUAUGUCCAUUCCUUAUAGACCCUUCUUCCCAAGCUACAGAAUGGUUGAAGGAACAUUUGAAAGACUCACGUCUCGAAGUGAUUAACCAGCAGGACAGCAACUUCAUCACAGCUCUGGAGCUGGCCGUGCGCUUUGGGAAGACUCUCAUCAUACAGGAGGCAGACGGGGUAGAGCCUGCGCUUUAUCCCUUGCUCAGACGAGAUCUGGUUGCUCAAGGACCACGUUUUGUGGUACAAAUAGGUGACAAAAUUAUUGACUACAAUGAAGAAUUCCGCCUGUUUUUGUCAACGAGAAAUCCAAACCCUUUUAUUCCACCGGAUGCAGCUUCCAUUGUUACUGAGGUUAAUUUUACUACGACUAGAGGUGGAUUACGAGGACAGCUUUUAGCUUUAACUAUUCAGCAUGAAAAACCUGAUUUAGAGGAACAGAAAACAAAACUAUUGCAACAUGAAGAAGACAAGAAAAUACAAUUGGCCAAACUCGAGGAAUCUCUUUUGGAGACACUUGCCACUUCUCAAGGAAAUAUUCUGGAAAAUAAGGAUUUGAUUGAGUCUUUGAAUCAGACAAAAGCAAGCAGUGCAGUUAUUCAGGAUUCACUCAAGGAAUCUUACAAACUGCAGCUUUCCCUCGAUCAAGAGCGCGAUGCCUAUCUCCCUCUGGCUGAGAGCGCCAGCAAGAUGUACUUCAUUAUCUCAGACCUGUCCAAAAUUAACAGCAUGUACCGCUUUAGUCUGGCUGCAUUUCUCCGACUUUUCCAGAGAGCUCUGCAAAACAAACAGGAUUCUGAAAGUACAGAACAGAGAAUACAAUCUCUUAUCAACUCAUUAAAACAUAUGGUAUAUGAAUAUAUAUGCCGCUGUCUAUUUAAGGCUGAUCAGUUGAUGUUUGCACUGCAUUUUGUUCGAGGCAUGCAUCCUGAACUUUUUCAAGAAAAUGAAUGGGAUACUUUUACAGGUGUGGUUGUUGGAGACAUGUUGAGGAAAGCUGACACUCAGCAAAGAAUCCGUGAUCAGCUUCCGUCUUGGAUCGACUCGGAAAGAAGCUGGGCGGUGGCCACAUUAAAGGUUGCUCUUCCCAAUCUUUAUCAGACCCUGUGCUUUGAAGAUGUGGCUCUGUGGCGAACUUACUACCAUAAUUCUAUGUGUGAGCAAGAGUUUCCAUCUAUUCUUGCAAAGAAAGUUUCCUUAUUUCAGCAGGUUCUUGUGGUGCAGGCACUCCGGCCGGACAGACUGCAGAGCGCCAUGGCUCUGUUUGCAUGUCGGACUCUGGGACUGAAAGAGCUGUCCCCACCUCCUCUCAAUCUCAAGCGCUUAUACAAAGAGACUCUAGAAAUUGAACCCAUCUUGAUCAUCAUUUCCCCGGGAGCUGAUCCUUCUCAGGAGCUUCAAGAACUUGCAAAUGCUGAAAGGAGCGGGGAGUGUUACCACCAGGUUGCAAUGGGUCAAGGUCAAGCUGAUUUAGCAAUUCAGAUGUUAAAAGAAUGUGCCAACAGUGGAGACUGGCUCUGCCUAAAGAACUUACAUCUUGUGGUAUCUUGGCUGCCAGUUUUGGAAAAGGAAUUGAACACCCUUCAACCUAAAGAUACCUUUCGUCUUUGGCUUACUGCAGAAGUCCAUCCAAAUUUCACUCCAAUUUUAUUACAGACCAGUUUGAAGAUAACAUAUGAGUCACCUCCAGGUUUGAAGAAGAAUUUAAUGCGAACUUAUGAAUCCUGGACGCCUGAGCAAAUAAACAAGAAAGAGAACAUCCAGCGAGCUCACGCUCUCUUCAGCUUUGCAUGGUUUCAUGCUGCUUGUCAAGAAAGAAGAAACUAUAUUCCACAGGGUUGGACUAAGUUUUAUGAAUUCUCCUUAUCAGAUCUUCGAGCUGGAUACAACAUCAUUGACAGGAUUUUUGAUGGUUCCAAAGAUGUUCAGUGGGAAUUUCUACACGGUCUGCUUGAAAACGCUAUUUAUGGAGGACGUAUAGAUAAUUAUUUUGACCUUAGGGUACUUCAGUCAUACCUUAAGCAGUUUUUCAAUUCUUCAGUAAUUGAUGUAUUAAACCAAAAGAACAAAAAAUGUGUUUUCCACUAUUCCAUAUCGCUACCAAAAUCCUGCAGCAUUUUGGACUACCGUGCCGCCAUCGAGACACUUCCAGAAGACGACAAGCCCAGCUUCUUUGGCCUGCCAGCCAACAUCGCCCGCUCAUCGCAGUGCAUGGUCAGCUCGCAGGUUAUUUCAAAGUUGAAGAUCUUGGGCAGAUCCGUAACAGCUGGUUGCAAAUUUGAUCGAGAAAUCUGGUCUAAUGAACUUUCUCCUGUCCUCAAUCUCUGGAAAAAACUAAACCAGAAUUCAAACCUGAUUCAUCAGAAAGUGUCUCCUCCUAAUGAUCGACAAGGGUCUCCGAUUUUGUCAUUCAUCACUCUUGAGCAGUUUAACGCCAUCCGCCUUGUGCAGAGUGUCCAUCAGUCCCUUGCUGCUCUCAGCAAAGUCAUCAGAGGAACCACCUUGCUGAGCUUGGAAGUGCAGAAACUGGCAAGUGCCCUACUAAACCAAAAGUGUCCUCACACCUGGCAGAGCAAGUGGGAAGGCCCCGAGGAUCCCUUGCAGUACCUUCGAGGCCUCGUGGCCCGGACACUGGCCAUACAGAAUUGGGUCGAGAGAGCUGAGAAACAGACUCUUCUCUCUGAAACCCUGGACCUGUCAGAACUCUUCCACCCGGACACGUUUCUCAAUGCCCUCCGCCAAGAGACUGCGAGGUCAAUGGGCUGUUCUGUGGACAGCCUUAAGUUUGUAGCAUCUUGGAAAGGUCGACUACAAGAAGCAAAGCUGCAAAUUAAGAUCAGUGGCUUAAUCCUGGAAGGAUGCAGUUUUGAUGGAAAUCGGCUCUGUGAGAACCAGCACGAUUCCCCCAGCAUGUCACUAGUUCUCCCUUGUUUUAUGGGCUGGAUUCCCCAGGACGCCUACGGUCCCUACUCCCCGGACGAGUGCAUCUCACUGCCCGUUUACACAAGCGCUGAGCGGGACCGUGUGGUGACGAACAUCGAAGUCCCCUGCGGUGACAACCAAGAUCAGUGGAUCCAGUUUGGGGCUGCACUGUUUCUAAAGGCUCAGUAGGAACCAGGAGAAGGAAAACGGCCCGAGCAAAAAGCCAGGUGUUGGUUCCUUAGGCUGGAAAUAAGACACAUGCCCUGGGCCGUGAGUGUCAGAAGGCAGCGUUCCACACUCGGCCAGGGAACCAAAUAUGUAAUAUUUUAGGUAAGAGAUUAAAAUAGUUUUAAUAGAUAUUUUGACAGUUGUUUUUGCAUCAUAAUUAAAAAUGCUAUGUUUAAAACCACAGAAGACUAUAGGCAUUUAAGAAUGAGUUUUCAAAGAGAAUAUA